AAUAUACACUAAAUAAUUGAGGGCGCCAAAUAUUUGAGAUAGCGUUGGCAAAACAAUGUCCUCAACCGCCACUUUGGCCACCACCGCACCCACUCACCACCACCGCCACCGCCACCACCCACCUUCAAUUGACAGACUCACAUUCCUAAUCGACAAGUCAAAAUCCAUCAACCACCUUCUCCAAAUUCACGCCCUUCUCCUCCGUCACGGUCUCCACCACCACCCAAUCCUGAACUUCAAGCUCCAACGCUCUUACACCUCGUUCGGCCGCCUCGACCACUCCGUCGCCCUUUUCCACCGCACCGACAACCCCACUGUCUACUUCUGGACCUCCAUUAUCCACAGCCAUGCCCAGUUGGGUCUUCAGAACCUUGCCCUCAUGUACUUCACCGAGAUGCUCACCAAUGGCGUUGAACCCAAUUGCUUCACCUUCUCCGCUGUUAUGAAAACUUGCCCGCUUGAGCCCGGAAAAGCACUCCAUUCCCAGACGAUUAAGCUCGGGCUCGAUUCGGAUUUGUAUGUCAGGACUGGUCUUGUGGAUGUUUACGCAAGAGCCGGCGAUGUUGUGUCUGCAAGGCAGCUGUUUGAUACAAUGCCUGAGAAGAGUUUGGUUUCGCUGACUGCGAUGAUCACUAGCUAUGCGAAAAGAGGGGCAAUUGAGGCGGCCCGCAAACUGUUUGACGGAAUGCAGGAGAGAGAUGUGGUUUGUUGGAAUGUGAUGAUUGAUGGGUAUGCUCAGCAUGGGAUGCCAAAUGAGGCUUUGUUUUUGUUUAGGAAAAUGCUGGCGGCAAAGUUUAAGCCGAACGAAUUGACCGUGCUGUCUUUGCUUUCUGCUUGUGGGCAGCUUGGAGCUCUUGAGUCUGGUCGAUGGCUUCAUUCUUACAUUGAAAAUAAUCGAAUUCGAGUCAAUGCUCAUGUGGGCACUGCAUUGAUUGACAUGUACAGUAAAUGUGGUGGCUUGGAGGAUGCUCGUCUGGUUUUUGAUAGGAUUCAGGAGAAGGACGUUGUUGUUUGGAAUUCGAUGGUUGUAGGAUAUGCGAUGCACGGAUUUAGCCAAGAUGCAUUGCAGUUGUUCAUUGAAAUGUGUAGAAUUGGUUACCGUCCUACUGAUAUAACCUUCAUCGGAGUUUUGACUGCUUGUGCUUAUGCUGGUUUGGUCAACAAGGGACGGGCUUUUUUCAGUUCAAUGAAGGAUGAAUACGGAAUAGAACCGAAGAUUGAGCAUUACGGGUGCAUGGUAAAUCUCCUUAGCCGUGCUGGGCAGCUGGAAGAAGCAUACGAGUUUGUGAAGAAAAUGAAGAUUGAUCCUGAUCCUGUCCUAUGGGGAACUUUACUUGGGGCUUGUAGACUCCAUGGUAACAUUGCUUUGGGAGAGGAGAUAGCAGAGUUUCUCCUUGGCCAAAAUCUUGCAAAUUCAGGAACAUAUAUUCUACUGUCCAACAUCUACGCCGCAGCGGGGAACUGGGAUGGGGUGGCAAGGGUGAGGGCCUUGAUGAAAAGCAGUGGGAUUCAGAAGGAGCCCGGUUGCAGCUCCAUUGAAGUGGAUAAUAAGGUACACGAGUUCCUUGCAGGGGAUAGGAGAAACCCGAGGAGCAAAGAAAUAUACACGAUGAUCGAGGAGAUGAACCGUUGGCUCAAGGCUCAUGGUUACACCCCACAGGUAGAUACUGUGUUACAUGAUCUGGGGGACAAAGAAAAGGAGCAAUCCCUUGAAGUUCACAGUGAGAAGCUUGCUCUUGCUUUCGGGCUAAUCAGCACACAAGCUGGAACAACAAUCAAAAUAGUGAAAAACCUACGCGUGUGUUCGGAUUGUCACGCUGUGACCAAGUUACUUUCGAAAAUCACGGGCCGAAAGAUUGUAAUGCGGGACAGAAAUAGGUUUCACCACUUUGUACAUGGUUCGUGCUCUUGUGGCGAUUACUGGUGAAUACUAAAUUAUCAACAUAACAUAGUUUCUCUGAGA